AUGGAGUACGGUUGUAACUUUCUGGGUUCCGGCUUGGACUGGCAGCCUGUCGUAGACGACACGCCAGGCGCAAGUUUCUCUGAGUCUGAGCUCUAUGCGCUCGCGGCGAAGAACUUGCGAGACAUUGGGGAGUUUAUGAGUGCGGGGCUCGGCGAGAUAACCCACCCAAGCACGGACAGCUUCUUUCAGAUGCUGGUACCGGCCGUGUACCCUGUGAAGCAACGCGAACCGUCUUCUGCGGAGGCGGCGAGAGCUGUGGCAGCAGUCCUCCAUUCUGCGUGCUCUGUGAACCCAAGCAGCAUCAUGUCGCGCCCGGUGCACCGUCGCGCGGCGCCCUGCGUCCAUCGCAACUCGUCUACAUCGACUUCACCAACGCCAACGACGACCUCCGCCGGGACCCCGUCCCUUGCUGCGUCCUCACCGCCGUCGUCCAUCAUGUCUCCGGUGGAAUCUCUCAACACCUCUCCGCUGAGCGGGUUCAUGACACCAGAGUAUAUUGACACGUACGAUAUGCCGAUGGACACCAGCAACGACGGCGCUCCGGUUUCCGCGGCUACUCCUCCGGUCGUUCCUGCGACCAACUUCCAAACCGUCGUGCGCGCGGCCAAAGUGCCCCGCCGCAACCACAACCACAUUUCGGUGAACGUGCGCCCCGCGCCGUACACCGCGUACAAGCCUCAGGCUGCUGCUCCUAGCGCAGACCUGAAUGGCAGCAACACCAGAUCAACCGGCGCCACCCUCGUGGGAAAUACCCACGAGGGUCACACAGGCGGAGUAGCAUCGCGGCUCACCAGUGCAGCGCCGGCCGCAACGAACCGCGCCUCUUCUUCGUCCUCGGCACCGGCAACCAGCUCCGACGACGAUGGGCCACCGCCGAAAACCUUGUGCCCGUGGCCUAACUGCGUGCCAGAGAGGCCGACGAAGAGGUCCUGGAACGACCGGCCUGUUUUUGCGUCGGGUCAGACACUCGCUCGCCAUAUCAUCAAGUUCCACAGCGAGGAAGACAUUUUGAAGGUCGACUGUCCCAUCUGUGGACAAGAGUUGUCGCGUAAAGACGCUCUCAAGAAUCAUCUCAAAUGGUGCUUGCGUCUUGCGAAGGAGAGGAAGGCGAAGGCGAAGGCGAAGAAGGAGGAGGGGAAGAGGAAGAAGGAGAAGGAGGGUGACGCCCCGGAGUCGGCAUCGUCGCAGGCCGGCCAAUCCCGCCUCGCCGCCUAG